CGUCGAAAACUAACGGCGUGAAGGGCAGGAGGGAAAUGAAAACUACGAAAAUGUUCAAACCCCAAAAUAUAAACUUUACCGCAACUUUUCCAAUCUUUGCUCCCUCUUACUCACUAACCUGCUCAUAGUUUUUGUUGAAUUUUUGCCUUAAUUAGACUCUUAUUUUUUAGGGCAAAUCGAUCAAAAACCCAACAAUCCAACAACAGUACCUCGGUUUCUUAAUUGAGAGGUUCAAAAAUCGGUUUCUCUCGAUGCAUUAUUUCUCUCUCUCAUAUUCUGCUUCCCAAAGGUGGUGAGUUGAUUGGUUUGAAGGAGUUGGGAGUUAUAAACGGUCUGAACAGAGUAAUUUAUGGCAAAAGUUGCUGCACCGGGUGGCUUGUUAGGUUCUGUCACUGUUCAAAUUGGUGGUGGUGGUGGUGGUGCUUCUUUAACUGAUGGUCCAAUGGUUAGAAGGAAGACUCCGUCGGAACUGAGAGGAGAGCAGCUGAAGAGGACAAAAGUUCUGGAGAUUGUAGAUGAAUCUCCAAUGGGUUCAAAGAAUAAUAGUAGUGCGGUGGAUAAUGGGCCUAGGAAACCAGAUGCAUCAAGGACUCCUAGAUACAUUGACACCCGUAUGGAUGAAGUAUAUCCUGUCAAAAAAUCCAGGCUUAGGAUGCUUUCUGUAAAAGACAGUGCAAAGGAAAUUACAUCAACUGAGCAACCAAUUAGCCUGAAGAACAUCACUAUGCUUUCAACUCUGGCUGCCAAGAGGCGACAACUUUCACGUCCAGAGAAUUCAGUUGCUUCUGAUGAAGUUUCAAAAGAUGGUGUGGUACAACCUCGCCAAACAAUUGAAAAUUGCAGUCAAAGUAUAUUUCGCAGUGUUGCUCAGCUUUCAUCCAGUUGUGAAAAGUCAUCUGGAUUGGCAUUUGUUGACAUGGAUAAAGCAUUAAAAGGACUUGUGGCCCAUGAAAUGCCUUACACUUCUGGUUUAAAUGCUGCUUCUGAAAUAGCUGGCAACCACAGUGGCAAUUUCUGCUCUGAAUGCAAUAUAGCUGGCCUAAAAGCUCCUCUUGAUUUUACUUUGAAAACUAGAAUGCGGGUGGCGUCCUCUUGCUCAGUUAAUCAAAUUCAUAGGUCAAUCAUGAGCAGUACCUACAAUGGCAUGCCACAGCUUGCAUCCCAAUUUGGAGAUUCCCAGGACAAUAGAAGCUCAGGGCAGGCACUGGCUUCUCAAAUCCUUAGUUCUAAAGCUUUGCAUUCAUGGGUUUACCCUCAAUCUACCUUACCUGCUGCUGUCAUAUCAGUGCUAACCUUGUCAGCAACUGAGGGAGAUUUUAUAAGAAAACGGCAACUGGCGUGGGAGGAUUCUUUUCGGAGUCUUUAUUACAUGCUUCGAAAGAACAUUUGCAAUAUUUUUUAUGUGUGCACUUCACAAUUUGUGGUGAUGUUCACUAAUAGUGAUGGCCCAGGAAGAACUGCACACCUAUGCAAUGCUUACAUCUCCCAGUCAACAAGAGGUUUGAGGUCGUUGUUGAGAGAGCAUGAUAUUUGUUUCUCUAUGCCACUUUGUCAUUCUAAGGUAGAGCAAGUCACCACUGAAGAUUUAGUUGAGCUCUCUGAGAUUGAGAAACAGAAUUUGGGCCAGACUCGUCGGCUUAGUUCCUUGUCUGAUGUUGAUAAUAGCCCACAAUCUCUGCUGGCUUUCUGUGGAAACAAGAAUGUACAUGGAUUAUAUGAUUUUUUGUUAAAUUACAGAUCUUCCCUUACCUUUCUUUCUGGAGUUGAUGUUCCUGUAUUGUAUUCACCUGUUCCAUUUCAGAAUGCAGCUCUUUCUGCUCCGGAGAUAAAAUGUGUAGAGGUAAAAAGAGCCGACAAUAAUGCUGCCUCCCCUAAAGGCACUGGAUCUAGUCAAGGUUCAUCCACCGGUCUCUUGUCCAGCAUAGAAAUUAAGGAUGCAUGUAUCCCACCAUGGAUUGUUUGCCGUGUAUGUGCUCUCAUGGGUUCUGAAGGGAGAAACUUUGAGGCUAGCUUUACAACAGAACGCACCUCAAUUGGCUUGAAUGCGGCUCUUGAGACAGCCUGUGAGAAACCUGAUCAAGCUGCAGCGGUUGAAGGCUUGCAAGAAAGCAGUCAUGCUUUUGGUAUUCCAGAAGCCACCGUUGCUCCUUGCUUGGGUUCUGGCUUCUUAAAAGGCUUGAAGUACUGUGAUGGUUCUUAUACAGCUUCCCUCUCUCCAGCCUGACAUUUUGCUCAUGGAGUCUCUGAUAGAGACGCAGCAUGGAUGUAUUUCUCUGCAUUUCGCUGAUUAAAUCAAUCCUCUCUCCAUGUUCUUUCUUUCUGUAAUUCCAUCCAAUGUAAUCUUAUUUGUUUAACGGAAUGAGAGUAACUGAUUGACGCUA